AGAGCAGCUAUAGUUUAAGCAGCUACGACGAAUGCUUACGACGAAACUGCAGUAUACAAACCAAUUCGUAAGAGGGUGACUCGAAUGAACGACUGAUAAAAUGUCCACAGAAGAAGAUUUUGAGCAAUAUCUUGGCAGCUACAUAGGCGAGGAUCAAUACAUUGCGCUACUACUGGACUACGACGGAACGCUUGCCGAGAUACCAGACCGCCCGGAGCUAAGCGUCAUUCCGCCGGAAACGAAAAAAGUUCUAUACAAUCUUGUCAACAGUGGGAAAGUGUUCGUAGCAAUAAUAUCCGGCCGUAGUUUGGAAGACUUGCGUGGAAAGGUUGGAAUCGACAACGUAAUCUAUUCCGGAAAUCUCGGUCUUGAAAUUCUGCUUCCAGAUGGAACCAGACAUAAUCAAACAAUUUCGGAGGAAACUGCCAACAAUUUCGAAAAAAUGAUCGAUCACCUGACCAAAGAGGUCGCGCACAAUGGAGCAUGGAUUCAGAACAAGCAGAUAGCCAUCACGCUACAUUACCGUGAGAUGAACCCGGAGUUGGUACCCGAGCUGUUAGUGAAAGCAAAUCAAAUCAUUAAAGGUUAUGGCUACCAAACUCACGCGGCUCAUAACGCGCUGGAAGUUAAUCCACCGAUCGAAUGGAACAAAGGAUUAGCCGCAGAACUCAUACUGAGGACAAGUUUUGAUGAAAACUGGAAAAGAAGAAAGGUCAUCUUCGCUGGGGACGAUACUCCUGAUGAGGACGUGAUGAAAGUCAUCAAAGGCUUCGGGAAAUCGUUCAGAAUCACUAGGGGAGUGGAUGUGGUGACUAAUGCCGAUUUUAAAAUCUUAUCUGUCCAAUCAGUGUUCUUGAUGCUUAAAUGGAUUGAGAAGAAAAUGUGCAAAUAGGUGAUAAAGAGAGGAAAUUUUCACCUCAAUUAUAUAGCCUCGUGAAUCAAAACAAUAA